UUUAUGAGCUGGGUAUUUCCCAUUUUCAAAAAUUAUAUUAUCAAUUAAAAAUUUAAGUGUCAUUUAAUGUUACUUAAAUUUCUCAGUUUAUCAGUGUUUGUCAGAGAGUUAACACCUAGUAGUUAAUAAGAAUAUUGAUACAGUGAAGUUUUAUAAUGGAGCAUUGUUUUGGUACUAUGAGUUUACUGUUAUACAUGGCAGCAUUUUGGCACGUGUCCUUAGCAACAAACAACUGCCAUAUAGAUGACCAAACGCGUGUCGACUGCUACUACACAAUCAUUUGUGAGCAAUAUGCUGGUUCUGCACCAAACCCAUCGUGCUCACUUGAUCCCUACGUCACUUUUAUAAUUAAAAACUCCUACCUCGAGUACCUGACUGCUGGAUUUUUUGGCGCAACAAAUUUCGACUCGCGUGUCAGAAAAAUACAAGCUGAAGACAAUACAUGGGCGCAUAUAGAAGAAUCGUCAAUCAGAUAUUUUACUAAAGCGGAAGUCAUCGAUUUUUCCAAUAACCGUAUUCAGCACGUUAAGAACUAUGCAUUCAAAAAUCUACUAUCUUUAAAAAGUUUAAAUCUGUCGAGAAAUUAUAUUCAAACAUUACCGAGUGCUUCUUUGUUGGCGACUGAGAAUCGAAUAUCUUCAUUGAAAGUUGUUGAUCUGUCAUAUAAUAGAAUUGCUAAUAUUACAACAAAUGCAUUUAAGUACUUGUCUAAUUUGGAGGAAUUAUAUUUAAAUUAUAAUAAUAUUAUUUAUAUUGAGGAUAAUGAGUUUGGAAGUUUGAAUAGCUUGGUAAGUCUUAAUUUAAAACAUAAUAAAUUAGAUUCAAUUAAUAUGACAUUGGUAAAUCUGAAAAUGUUGCAAAAUUUAGAUUUGUCUUUCAAUUACAUUAAAUCAAUUUCUGAUUAUGAAUUAAAUAGGCUCACAUCUCUAGAAAGAUUGAAUAUGUCAAAUAAUAUUAUUGAAACACUGGAAUCUAAUUGUUUUAAUCGGGCUUUUAAUCUGUUAUCAGUUGAUUUUCAAAACAAUUUUAUAAAAUCUGAGUUAGAAAAUGUGAUGUUUAUAAAUAAUCAUAAUUUGAGUUAUGUUAAUUUUGAAAACAAUAAUAUUACAAAAAUUCAAGACGGCAUUUUUAAACACAGUUCAAUUGCGUUCAUUAAUCUUCAAAACAACAAUAUAGAUGCGAAAAUAACUGAAACUACUUGGAAGGGAUUAGAGAACGUCACAUUUUUAGAUUUAUCUGGACAAAGGUUUAAGAAUUUAACCGAUAAUGCGUUUUCUGGUAUGAAAAACUUGCAACAUCUGAAUUUAAGUAGCAAUCAAAUAAACUCAGUCCAUAGUACCACCUUUUCAUCUUCAAACAUUAUAUAUAAUUUGGAUCUAUCACAUAAUAACAUAUCUGAUAUAAGUUUUUUUAGGAAUUCAUUACCAAAUGUUACUGUUCUAUUUCUUAAUAAUAAUAAGCUAACAAAAGUCGAACAGGGAUUAUUUUCAAAGCACAUGCAUUUGAAAUCUUUAGAUUUAUCCAUGAAUAAUAUUGUUAGCAUUGAACCUUUAUCAUUGCCAUUAUCAAGCCUGCAAUACCUCUAUCUCGCUGGUAAUAAUCUAAGUGGACCAAUAAAAAAAGACGUAUUCAGUCCAGCAAAACUUUUACGAUUUCUGGAUUUAAAUAAUUUUAAUAUUACAAAAAUAGAAAAGCAAGCAUUUAUUAAUUUGCCUGUUCUAGUUAGACUGAACGUGUCACAUAAUGCAAUUGAAGAAAUAGACCCUGAUAAUUUUCAAACAACUGCAAAUAUGAUAAACUUAGAUGUCUCUUAUAAUCAAUUAUCAAAAUUUGAAUUAAAUAUUUCAUCAUUGGGUGGUACUCAGGCAAUGUAUUUGAAUAAUAAUAAACUUAAAGUUCUUCCAAGUGCAAACCUGACUGGGAUUGUAUAUUUAGAUAUAUCUAAUAAUGAAAUUGAUAACAUAUCACUCCCUAUAUUCAGAUCGUUUCAUAGUCUACGCGUUCUCCAUUUAUCGCACAAUUCAUUGAACUCUUUUAAUAACCUAUACACUAAUACAUUAAAAGACCUUUCAGACCUCAAUUUGUCACACAAUCUAAUUUAUUCUUUAAAUAUUAGUUAUUUCAAGAAUUUAACUAGUUUGGACAUAAGUCAUAAUUGUAUCAGUACUAUAAACAGUACAUUUUUACAAAACUUAGAUUUCUUACAGUCUUUAGAUAUUAGCAAUAAUAACAUAACAUCAAUACUUCCAGGCACAUUCACAAACUUAAAAGUUCUUAAACUCUUAAAUAUGUCAUCUAAUUCAUUAAUAAAUCUUAGAUUUGGAACGUUUAGGGGCUUACACACAGUUGAAGUACUAGAUUUAUCAAGAAAUGCAAUAUCUGAGAUAGAUGUUCAUGUAUUUCAUGAAUGUAUUGCAUUGAAACGUUUAGUAGUUGAUUAUAAUGAACUAAAAUCCUUCAAUAUAGAACAGUUAAUAAGUAUAUCACCUUCCCUCGAUACAGUGAGCAUUGGGGGCAAUCCAAUUGAAUGUAAAGAAAUUGUUCGCAGUAUUAAAAACUUAACUGAUUCCACAAUGCAAAAAGCUUCGGAUACAAUCCGGAUUGUACAGGUGACAUCUGUUGACAAAAUAUAUCACGAAGAUAACGUCCAUGGUAUUAAAUGUGGAGAUGCGGAUUACACCAACUCUACAACGAAGAUUAAAGAGACUGAAUCUCAAUCAAACAUAUCUGGAUUGUCAGUCUCUGUAGGCAUUUUACUUACAAUUUUAGUAGUUGCGUUUAUAGUUCUAGCGGGUUACGUAGUUUAUAAACUUAAAGGUAAUAUGCAUUCAGAAUCCAGAUUGCAAAUGAGGCAUUCUAUGGAUACUAGCAUUUCUGACUUUCAAGGUAAUCUUUUAAAUUAAACUACUUUACCCAAGUUAGUUAAUAUUAUAAUGUUAUAGUUUCUGAUCUAGUUUUCUAGAUCCAUUUUUGAAUCGUUUGAAUUAAUAAAAAAAUCUAAAUUUUAUAAUUGUGGCAUUGAUUUGAUGAAACAAUAACCUUAGAUAUGGAUCAGUUUAAAAAUCUUUAUUAUUCUUACGUUAUGAACUGUUAACCUGUGUUAACUAUAACUUAUAAGCAAAUAUAAAUGUUAUUAUUUUGUUCUCUAGAAAAUGUUACUAUAACUAGAUUUUUUGUAUAAAGUGUUAUUAUGU